AUGGCCCCCUUCGCGGCUUCGCUGGACGACCCCGCCCUGUUCGUCGAAAGGGCCUACAUUGACGGGGCUUGGACACACUCCAAGUCCGGCGAGACGUUUACUAUCCGCAACCCCGCCACCGACGAACUGCUCGGCUCCUGCCCAGAAUGCAACGUCGACGACCUCGAAGCCGCCGUACGCGCAGCCGCCACCGCCUUCAACACAUGGCGAGCGGAAUCCGGCCGCGCGAGAGCCCGCAUCCUCAAGAAGUGGUUCGACCUCAUCACGCAGCACCGCGUCGACAUUGGCCGCAUCAUCACCGCCGAGAACGGGAAAGCCCGGCCCGACGCCGAGGGCGAGGCGCUCUUCUCCGCGAGCUUCUUCGAGUGUAACCCCUCGGCGAGGGCGCAGGUGCUCCGCCAGCCCGUGGGUGUGUGUGGGCUCAUCACCCCGUGGAAUUUCCCCAUGGCCAUGGCCGCGCGUAAAGUCGCCGCCGCGCUGGCCGCCGGCUGCACCGUCGUGCUCAAGUCGGACGGCCUGACGCCCUUUGCCGCCAACGCCCUCGCUGUCCUGGGCGAGCGCGCGGGGCUCCCGGGGGCCGGGUCCCUGAAGAAGCUCAGCCUCGAGCUCGGGGGCAAUGCGCCCUUUAUCGUGUUCGACGACGCCGACGUGGAGGUUGCCGUCCAGAGCGCCAUCGCUAGCAAGUUCAAGGUCACGGGCCAGACUUGCGUGUGCGCCAACCGCAUCUUUGUGCAGGAAGGCAUCUACGAGCGGUUUGCGGAGCGCCUCGUCGCCGAGGUGGCCAAGUUCCGCGUCGGCAACGGCGCAGAUGAAGGUGUCACGCAUGGACCUCUGACGACCAGCGUCGCAAAGGUGGAGGAGCACGUCCAGGACGCCCUCACCGUUCUCGGGGACGUUGAUGAUUCGAUGAAGGUCAUGAGCGAGGAAACGUUUGGCCCCUUGGCAGCCCUUACCAAAUUUACCACCGAGGACGAAGUUGUUGCUAGGGCGAACAGCGUCGAUGUCGGGCUCGCGGCGUACCUAGUAACCUCCGACCUCGGCCGGUAUUACCGCGUCACUGAGCGACUCGAUUACGGCAUGGUUGCUGUCAACACCGGAGUCAUAUCCGACUCUGCGGCUCCGUUUGGCGGCAUCAAGCAGUCCGGAUUCGGUCGUGAAGGGAGCAAGUACGGUUGCGACGAUUACAUGGUAUACAAGACUGUUAUCACGGGUGGUAUCAAUACUGUUUAUAAAAGCGGACCAUAG